GCUGGGAAGCGGGCGGCCGGGUCAGAGCUUGAAUCUCCGGGCCGAGGACUUGGAUUCCAGGGCCCGGCCGGAGUUACGGGUUCCGAUGACGGGGGUCGGUCGCUGGGCUUGGCCGUGGCCAAAGUAUGGGCGAUCUGGAAGGCCAGGCCCCGGGUCGCGUCGCCCUUCGUGGAGCAGUCUCCAGAUAGUAACUUUGUGUUUCCUUUCCCGGGCUGGGUGGUGUCCACCCGCAUAUCCUGGCCUGCGGCGACGCAGAGAACAAAAGGACAAGAUAAUAAAGUACAAAAUGGUUCUUUGCAUCAGAAGGAUACAGUUCAUGACAAUGACUUUGAGCCCUACCUUUCUGGACAGUCCAAUCCGAGCAACAGUUACCCCUCGAUGAGUGAUCCUUACCUGUCCAGCUACUACCCACCAUCCAUUGGAUUUCCUUACUCCCUCAGCGAGGCACCAUGGUCCACUGCAGGGGACCCUCCCAUCCCAUAUCUCACUACCUAUGGACAACUUAGUAAUGGAGACCAUCACUUCAUGCAUGAUGCUGUUUUUGGGCAGCCUGGGGGCCUGGGGAACAACAUUUACCAGCACAGGUUUAAUUUUUUUCCUGAAAACCCUGCAUUCUCAGCAUGGGGGACAAGUGGUUCUCAGGGGCAGCAGACUCAGAGCUCAGCCUAUGGGAGCAGUUACACUUACCCACCAAGCUCCCUUGGUGGCACAGUUGUUGAUGGGCAGACAGGUUUUCACAGUGACACCCUCAACAAGGCCCCUGGGAUGAACAGUCUGGAGCAGGGCAUGGUUGGCCUGAAGAUUGGGGAUGUUACCACCUCUGCAGUUAAGACAGUGGGUUCAGUUGUCAACAGUGUGGCGCUGACUGGUGUCCUUUCUGGCAAUGGUGGGACAAAUGUAAACAUGCCAGUUUCAAAACCAACUUCAUGGGCAGCCAUUGCCAGCAAGCCUGCAAAACCACAGCCUAAGAUGAAAACAAAGAGUGGGCCUGUAGUGGGGGGUGCGCUGCCUCCUCCUCCCAUAAAGCAUAACAUGGACAUCGGUACGUGGGAUAACAAGGGCCCUGUUCCAAAGGCCUCAGCCCCCCAGCAGACACCAGCCCCCCAGGCUGCCCCACAGCCCCAGCAGGUAGCUCAGCCUCUCCCUGUUCAGCCCCCACCUUUGGUCCAGCCACAGUAUCAGAGCCCUCAGCAGCCACUUCAACCCCGCUGGGUGGCUCCUCGAAACAGAAAUGCAGCAUUUGGGCAGAGUGGAGGGUCCAACAGUGACAGUAACUCUGUUGGAAAUGCCCAGCCUACUUCUGCCCCAAGUGUAGAGUCCCACCCUGUCCUAGAGAAACUGAAAGCUGCCCACAGCUACAACCCUAAAGAGUUCGACUGGAAUCUUAAGAGUGGGCGGGUGUUCAUCAUCAAGAGCUAUUCUGAGGACGACAUCCACCGCUCCAUCAAGUACUCCAUCUGGUGUAGCACUGAACAUGGCAACAAGCGCCUGGAUGGCGCCUUCCGCUCCAUGAGCAGCAAGGGGCCUGUUUAUCUGCUCUUCAGUGUCAAUGGGAGUGGACAUUUCUGUGGGGUGGCAGAGAUGAAGUCCCCUGUGGACUAUGGCACCAGUGCUGGGGUCUGGUCUCAGGACAAGUGGAAGGGGAAGUUUGAUGUGAAGUGGAUUUUUGUCAAGGAUGUGCCCAAUAACCAACUGCGGCACAUCAGACUGGAGAAUAACGACAACAAGCCUGUCACAAACUCCCGUGAUACACAGGAGGUGCCCUUAGAAAAAGCAAAACAAGUGCUGAAAAUUAUUGCAUCCUAUAAGCACACAACCUCCAUCUUUGAUGACUUUUCUCAUUAUGAGAAGCGCCAGGAGGAAGAGGAAGUGGUGCGCAAGGAAAGGCAGAAUCGAAACAAACAAUAAGGACAAGCCAGUUUGGUUUUGGUUAAUGGUUGACUUUGAAAACAGUUUUAAAGCUGUGUGCUUGGUGCUGUCUCCGAGUCAGCUGCAGUGUCGUCCUCGUGCGGGGUUGAUUGUUGCAUCUCUAUCUUUGUAGUUCACUUUUGCCAGAUGGAUCUGCAUUCAUUUGUAUUUUUCUAUGUAUUAUAAUAUUGUAGAACUCACUAAUAAAGGAGUAUUUUGUUUGUCAGCUUAUCAGUCAGAUUGACCUAAUACAAAAUAUAAAUAUUCUUCAAAACAAAACACCUAAUACAUCCCAAAGAUAUUUUUAUUUUGGCAGAAAUUAUGUUCU